AUUUAACGUGGUGCGCUACUGGACUUUAACGGGGUUUGGUUGGCUUUUCGUCCGAUGCUCUGGACUAAUUCAGCGUACAAAAUCCAUUAUAACCCUCAACUAUCCUACAAGAAUUAAUAAAUUGGUAUCAGUGAACACCAGUUAUCAUUUGAUUCAGUUGAAUGUUUAGCAAAAAAUUCAUUUCAUCUACGUCUUUACAUUGUUUCCGUAGUCCUCGUAGAAGUCUGUUUUCCGCUCAAACUAAGAAGUUUUACAAGAAUGUGACUGUAUUUCAGUCAACUCAUGAAAAUUAUAAACAUCCAGUUUUUCAAAUUCUUCUCGAUCAACGUAAACUUCGGACUCCAACUGGAAUUCAUUUUCACGUACCGAAUCAAGCAUUAGCUGUCGCUGUUGCACAUGAAUGGGAUAGUCAGGUUGACACUAUAAAACGAUAUGCUAUGCCUUUGACAACAUUGUGCAAUCGAGCUUUGGAUACUCCAGCUGAUCAACAUGAUAUCCUAGUCAGCACUAUCAUGCAGUAUGCUGAUACUGAUACAAUCUGUUUCAGAUGUCAAGAACCAGAUGAUUUGGUUAAAGUGCAAUCUCUUUCAUGGGAUCCUAUCAUUAAUUGGGUUAACAAACAUUAUCAGAUUAAACCAGUCAUAACUGAUAGUAUGACUUCAUUGGCUAAACUAUCUCCUUUGGAUAAAGAGAAAUUAACACGUUAUUUUAACAGUUAUAAUAUAUGGGGUCUUACUGGCAUAAAAUCAUGUGUUGAAAACUUGAAAUCAGUUUAUCUUACAUUAGCUAUGCUGGAUGGAUUUUGUUCAGUUGCAAAAGCUGUUGAAUUAAGUCAAAUAGAAAUGUUAUUUCAGGUUAAUCGUUGGGGAGAUGUUCCUUCUUAUCAUGAUGUUGAAAAUGCUGAUCUUAAUGCACGUGUAUCUGCUGCUCUAUUUUUAGCUUUACUCAGUCAUUAUCGACAUGAUAUAAAAAUAAAAACAAGUAUAAAAUAA